UCCGCACCAAAUAUUCCUUUUUCUAAUAGUGAUCCAAAACCUCAAACAAAUACUAGAUUUCUUACCGCGUCAUUAUCGGAGAUAGGGAAGUGCACCGGAGGCAACAAGAAGAUUGCUACUCACCAACAUUUCUUGUGUUUGCUAAUUAUUGAGGUUUCUUGCAUUUUCUGAAAAUGAUAUCCACAAUUAGAAGAAUUGGAGCGUGGUUUGAUUUUGGGCAAAAUGUACCAGCAUAAGGAAAAAUGGGAAAGAAAAAAAUUUAAAAAGAAGAGUGAUAAGGCUAGUAUAAUCUUGUUAAAAAAAUAAGGGCAAUAAUGAAAGAAAGAAAAAGGAAAAAAGUGAGGAGUAAUAUUUAAAAAAGAAAUUAACAAAAAGCAGAUAGUAAAGCUUAAUAAAUACAGAAGGAUAUAUAGGACUGAAAGAAAUCACUUUUAUGGCGUAGAUUUAAAUUCAAUUUGCUGUAUUAUUAAAUGUAAAUGUGUUGCGUGGAGAAUUAAAGCGCUUUGCAGCACCACCUUCCUCAAUCGUCCCUUUAAUUUCUCAGACCCUAAAGCUUAACAAUCAGUCGACAAUGGCGGCGGAUCGUCGGAGCAGUGAGGAUAUCAGGGACGAGCCGGUGACUCCGCCCGAUCGUCUCUUCCUCCAACCGCAGCUCGAUCAAGUCAUAAGUUGGGCCAUUGUCUUCGAGAAUGAGAUUUCCGUCGAUUCUGUAAAAUCCGAGCUCCAAAACUUUCUCCUCAUGGUUAACCCUAAGUUUUGCAGCCUGGUGGUGAGAGAUUCCGGCGGCCGCGAGCACUGGCGGAGAACUGAAGUCGACGUCGACCGCCACCUGAUUUUCAUCCGCCGCCGCCUCUCCGACGAUCCUGACGAAGAUGCGGUGAACGAUUACCUCGCGAGUCUCUCGAAUUCGCCGCCGCUCUCCACCGACAAACCGCUCUGGGAAAUCCAUAUCCUCGUGGCGCAUAAAACUGCGGUUUUGCGUGUGCACCACGCGCUGGGGGACGGCGUGUAUUUAAUGGCGACGCUGCUGUCGUUCUGUAGGAGGAUCGACGAUCCUUCCCAGACGCCGGCGACUAUUUCCGGCGUCAAAACGAUGUCGUUUAUGCGGAGGCGGUGGAACGUUCUAAGGCUAGUGAACAUUGUUUGGCUUACUGUGAUUUAUGUUCUAGAGAUAGUAUUGAGAGUGCUCUGGCGGAGAGAUAAAAUGACCGCCGUGAGCGGCGGCCGUGGAGUAGAGCUCUGGCCGCGGAAAUUGGCGACGGCGAGGUUCCGAUUGGACGACAUGAAAACCGUCAAGCGUGCCGUUCCAAAUUCGACAAUCAACGAUGUUCUUUUCGGGAUAAUAUCAAGUGGUCUUUCAAGGUACUUAGACACCAGGUCAUCAACUAACGUAGGUUUUAAAGAAGGUGACCGAGUCACUGGAGCUGAGAUGGUAAAUUUAAGACAACAUGACUCAUCAAGUCUAAACAAUUUCCAUGCCAACCCUCAGUAUGGCAAUAGAUUUGGGAUGAUUCUUUUAUCUGUUUAUUACCACAAGUGUAGAUCGAAUCCACUCGACUCUGUAAAGAGAGCUAAAGCAAUGAUUGACAAGAAGAAACUCUCAUUGGAAGCCCUUUUCACUUAUGUAGCCUCCUUUUUGGUCACAUAUUUCUUCGGGACUAAGCUCACUAGUACCUUUGUUUAUCGUAUCUUCUGUAACAUGACGUUUACCAUCUCCAAUAUGGUCGGAUCGGAAGAGAAAAUAACAUUUUCAGGCAACGCCGUCAAGUACAUUCGUGUGACAUCGAGCACCCUUCCUCAUGCGAUAACAAUGCAUAUGGUGAGCUAUGCCGGAUAUGCGGAUAUGCAAAUUUCGGUGGCGAAAAAUAUGAUUCCGGACCCUAAAGUUCUAGCAAAGUGUUUCGAAGACACCUUGUUAGAGAUGAAGAAAGCUGCUACCACCACUAUUGUCGCUGCUGAAAUGACUUGAGGUGAAGGAUGCUAUUAAGUACUCAUACUCUUUCUUUGUUCUUGUUUUAGUUGAAAACAAGAAUAUAUUUGUGUGCAAUGGAAUUCCAUCAUCUAUGUACUCUUAUUUGUGUGCAAUGGAAUUCCAUUAUCUAUGUACUAUUGCAUUGUCAUUGUAACAACACAAUCCAUAUGAUUAUUCUUGUCA